ACGAGUCGACAUAUCAAGUUAUAACAUUUAUCAAGAGAAUUAGUAAUACCUAUCAAAGUCGAAAAAGAUUCCCCGUGUAUUUCGGAACUAAACAAAAAUCUCCAUUCCAAUUGGUAUUGUUGCGGAAGAUUGGAAUUUAUGAAUACUAUUUGAUUGAGAUCCAAAAUGCUCGGAUACGAAGGCAUUAAAUCUAAACCUCUACAAAACGGAAUCAGGCUUCUAUCCCUUUCCUUUUCGUUCACGGAGCUCACGUGUUCGUCGGGAGCUUGGCCUGCAACAAAUUUAUCCAAUAUUUCCUUGUUAAACGUGUAUAACUAGAUCAAUUCUACCUGUCUUUUCGUUACUGGGAAUUCCUCCUUUUUCUUUAUGACUAAUACCGAAUAAAUACAUCGAGACAAACAAUAGUAAUUGUCCUAGUAACGUUGAUCCUUGUAACCACAAUUCUAAUGAUUUUUUAUCCAAAUUUUCUCCCGUGGCAAGCUCGUAGGUGAGGCUUUCAGCUAAUCUCUGGAUAUUCUGAGGUAAAGUAAAGCAACCGCGCGAAAACCACGAUUUGUAUUGCCUGUUGUUGCUCAGUUUUUGAAUCUUCAUGUAGGAAGCAACUAUGCUCUCCACAUACUACAAUAUUAGAGAGGUUAUUGAAAGUAUACACUCGAGGUAAGCAAAUGAAGUUACCUCUUUUACUAGCAAGUACGGUAUUUCAUUGCAUUCGCUUUCAUUUUUCCCUAAAGAGGUUAGAAGUACUUUGAUUUUUUCAUCCACUGUACCUCUUGUACAGAACACAAACAGUUCAGCAAAUCGUUCCAGAUCUACUGUGCUCUGUUUUUGUUCCCCCAUUCCGAAUAAAUAAUUGUUUAAAUAUUGUAGAAACCGCGCGUCCAUCUGGGAGCCCCAUAUUUUCUGCAAAUUCAAAAGUUGAAAACCCCAGCUGUUGCUGUACGAUUAGCAAACUCACCGUUAGUUCAUCCUCUUUGAUUUUUUCGGAAUUCUUGCUGGCGAGCUUGAACGAAUUGCUGACGAUUAAUUGCUCGUCUUUGGAUAGAAAUGAACAUUUCGCCGCCAAUUUUUUGCUGCUGUUCGCUCCCAUGAUUCCGGAAGAUUUAAAUAUUAAAGGAAAGCUAAUUCCAUAUCAAUCAAUAUCCAAAUGGGUGGAUUAAUUACAAUGACACGAGCUUAUUCGGUGAGCCUUCACACAGGACUAGAUAAUGUAUCCUUAAAGGUGCUUUGAUUUAUUGUUGCCCAUUCAUUACGAAUAUCUAUAUAUAAAAACUAUUUUUUUUUACUUCACUGAAAUUGAAAUUUGGAUUUACGUUUUCGACACAUGACAUGACAUGUUACGUCAUUUGUUAACUCGUGCUCGGAACAAACAGAACUCAAAAAUAAAUAGAAUUGCGUAACAGAAUUUGCUCUUUUUUCUUAUAUCCUGAAAGAGAUAAAGGAGCUAUACGGUUAAAAAGCAUAUAGCUGAAUUGUUUAGUCAACCAAGGCCUCGGAUAAAUAAAAAUAUUUAUUUAAGAAAUGUCAAAAAAUAAGGUUAUGAUGGAAGUGGAGUUAUUCAAAAACAAAUUAUUUUUUAGUUAUUUAUAUUUAUUUAUUAAAUUAUUAAAGCAAGAUGUAAAUAAGUAACUUAAGUAUUACAUUAUAGUAUUUUUCUACAUUUAUUAAACAUGUGUCGGUUCCCAACAAUAGAAAUACCUAUUUUAUUAAGUAUUUUUGGCUUAGAAUUACUGGGACCUGUGCAAACGAAUUUAAUGGUAUACAGAACUUGUUAUUUGAUUUUGGGCUACAAUGAAACCGAAUGUGCCUUAUUGGGUAAUUCCAAUGAUAAAGCCAUAGAGGAUUUAGAAAAGGCUGUGGAACCGACUGUUAACAUUAUAGAUACAACUACGUCUGUAAUACAACAAACUAUCGGUCUUGUCACUUGUAUCUUUACCGCACAAUUAUCUGAUAAAUAUGGAAGGAAGCCUGUUAUGCUCGCUCCUCUCAUAGCCAUGGCCUUUAGUGCGGUAAUUAUGGCUGUAUUCAGUUAUUUUCCGAACAUAUCACCCUGGUAUUUUAUGAUUUCGUUGAUACCACCACUGCUUACAGGAGGUUUUUCUACGUUUAUGAUCGCCAAUAUAUCAUAUAUUACUGACGUUACAACAGAAGAAACUAGAGGAGUAAGAAUGGCUUUUUUGGAAGGUACGAUAGGUUUAGGUAUACUUUGUGGAAGCAUCUGUAGUUCAUACUUAUUUUACGCAACCAAUUAUUGGUCUGUAUAUGCUAUAUCCGGAGGAAUUGUUACUUUGGCUAUUUUAUACACUAUUUUCUUUGUACCUGAAUCUUUGGAAAAUAUUAACAAUGAGGAAGAAACCACAGUAAAAGAUGUACUAAAAUCCUUUAAUUUGAAGGAAUAUGUAAAAGUGUUUGUUAAGAAACGUCCAAACUAUAACAGAGCGAUAAUUUAUUUAAUCACCCUUACGAUAACGUUAUAUAUUUUCGAAGAGUCGCCUGGCAACAAGACGUUUCUAUUCUUGAGAUCGAAAUUCAAUUGGUCGCUACAGCAAUAUACCUGGUACACCAGCAUAAGUAGCUUGUUUUUCAUAUUCGGAGGUAUAUUCGGUACCGUUGUAAUACACAAAUGGUUGCGAGUUACGGAAUCUGUGGCCGUAUUAAUGGGUUUUAUCUCCCAAAUGAAUGGGUAUUUGGUUAGAGGAUUAGCGACGCGUUCCAGGGACAUUUAUUUUUCCGCUUUCGUUAAACUUUUGGCAGGAAUAAUAAGCCCGCAAAUGAGAACAUUGUUAGCUAGAUUGGUACCCAAUGAUGAGAUUGCGAAAUUAUUUUCCUUAAUAAUGGUCGUUCAAUCGGUUUGCGGAAUAGCCUCGUCGCCGUUUUUUACGUUAAUUUACAACUCCACCGUCAAUACGAACCCUGCGAUUUUUAAUUUCGUUACGGCCGGUAUAAGCGGCACUUGCGCAAUUCUGAUUGUGAUAGUUAUAGUUUUGGAGAAUUUACGUCCUACUACUUAUGGAAAAUUGAUCGAGGAUGUGGAGGAAGUUCCCGAACAGAGAUCAGAAGAUUAUGACGGUAGUCACAUUUGAUAGUCUAUCUAGAUCUCUCGGAUAAUGUGAUAUUUACAUUUUAGAGGUAUUGUGAUAUUUAACAUUUAUAAAAGUACAAAAUUUUGGGUUAUUCACGUUGGGUUAGACGCUGGUUAGAGCUUGUAAGUAUUCAUGAAGAGUAAGGAACUAGAACAUGCAGAGCCAAGAUAAAGUGACUAUUCCCAGUUUUUCCUAAAUAUGCUCGAUUAUAGGUCACUUAUGAAUUGUAUCGAAAAUAGUUGUCGACUUUCUUUGUUUAAAUGAAAAUUGGUAUUUUUAAUUUUGGACUGCUAUGGCUUUUAUAAUUAGGACAAUGAAAUGUAUUUCAAUAACACUCAAAUACAUUACACUGACACGCAGUAAAAUAUAACCAGCUAGUCAACUAUGAAAGUUACAUUAAUUUACUUUACCCCAGUGCCAAAUUUUCUCGUUCCUGACUCCUUAGGAACUCAUUCACAGCUCUAAUUAACGUCAUCCGUGAAUAAUCCUUUAUAAAAAGAGAAAAGAUAUAUUUUUAGAUUAAAUUCAGAACGUUAAAAUAUGUGAAAAAUGUACUUAUAGAAAUUAUACACCAAAAAAAAACAACCAUUUUAUAUUAAUACUUUUAAAAAAUUAUAAAAUUCUUGGAAUAUAGAAAACGAUCACGCUUCUGCGCUGUUUAUGUAUUUAUAUAAUCAAUAGACCAGUAUUAAUUUAGCAUAAUAACAUCUGAAAAAAGAAUUUGAAAUUAAUAGAUUUUAUAUACAUAUAGGUGCAAAUUUGUACGCAAUAUGGUCUAUGAAAAGACAACUUCCAUUAGUCUCAUAUAAAGGAAAAAGAGUGAUAUUGUAGGAUUGCAACUUUGUCACACUAACCACUGCUAUUUUAAUAAUUUUUCUUUGUUCAACUCAUAGAAUUGACCACAUUGCAAACAUAAUUGCACUUACUCAUAUAGUUUAACACGUUAGCUGCUUAAUAAAAGUCAGGAUUUUCCUUUAUUCAACCAUGUGCAAAAUUAUACAAGUUUGAAUCCGAAAAACUUGACUUUUUAAAGAAGAAAAUAGGAAUUCCUUAACUGAAGAGCAGGGCGAUGCUUAUAGCAGCCCACGUGUUAUAAAAAAUAUUAUAAAGUAAUACGUAAUUUUAAUUUACCUUCAUUAUCCGUUACGGGAUCAUCUUCAACUAAAUCUAUUUUCUCGAUUUGAUUUUCAUCGUACCGCAAGCGCUGUUUCGCAUUGCCGUCAACUAAUCUCAUCCUUUUCGAUUCAUCAUUUUUAUGUUUGCCAAACAAUGUCCUUUUGGCCCCAUUCACAAAAUUCUCGACGGCAAUACCUGGUCUCGGUUGAACCGAAUUCACCAUUUCAUCGCCUCUUGCAUUGUUUAGUAUCCUAUUUAACAUACCACCAGCCGGAAUUUGAUUACUUCUCGAAUUGGGAUAAAUCCCAGGUGAAAGUGUGUGUGUGGCAGACAUUUGAUUAUUAUUAACAGACGGAACAUGCAUUGCACUUGACGUAGAAGGCUGUGCGUCUGAUUGAUAUGGAUUGGCA